AGAUUUCAGAGUUUCCCAAAUCGUACGGCCCAAGAAUCACCUCGUAUCCACUACCAAAUAUCCACUCUCUCUCUCAGAUUUGCGUAAACAAUGGAGCACCAGCUCAACAAAAGCUGACGCCACAUUUUCUCGAGAAAAUAAAAAAAAAACUUGUAUAUAAACCAUACAAAAAACAUUGGAUCAUUUAGUUUCAAGUGCCAAGAGUUGCAAAAUGCAGAUUGUUGAGUAUCCCAAACAAUUCUUUAAAGAAAUUGGAGAAGCGAAGUGGUAAAAGUUGGAAAGAUACUUACUGAAGACCUAUGCAUUUGCACCUUCCAAUUUUGUUAAAAGACUUGGAUGGAUGUUCCCUCGCCAGAACCAAUUAGAAACAUCCAAACUGAUCAACACCCAUUGCUGAUGGAGCGGCUGCAUAGCCAUAAUGAGCAGGAGCAUAUAAUUGAUAUAAGAAGAAAUGACGAUGCUUCAUCAAGCUCAUCUCAUGAUGAACAACCACUCGGAAUGGACUUACAUCAGCAUGAAGAAAGAUCAUUGAGCAGCAGUAGAGCCCCCACUUACCAUGGUUCUCCAUCUACAAACAGAUUAAACGCUAGGAAUUCAUCAUUCAUGAGGAGAGGUGAUGGAUAUGGUCGUCGUGGUAGAAGUCCACUGAAUUCAGGUCUAUGGAUUUCUGUAGAGUUAAUCAUCACUGUGAGUCAGAUUAUAGCAUCAAUUGUUGUAUUGUUAUUGUCAAGAAAUGAAAAUCCUCAAGCUCCAUUGUUUGCAUGGGUUGUGGGUUAUGCAUCUGGUUGUGUCGCAACGCUUCCCAUCCUUUACUGGCGUUUUCGUAAUCGACACCAGGGAAUUGACCAAGAUUCCACACAAUCACAUCAAGGCUCCUCCCAAGGCAAUCUUCCUGAACAUACUACACCAUAUACGGCUAUUUCAGUUACUCAAGCUUCAGACGAGGAAAAUAAUCAAGUCACAGAAACAGCACAUACUAACAGUCAAAAUGCUGUAAAUUUCAAUACACGACUCAAUGGAUUAGUGGACCAUUUCAAGAUGGCCCUAGAUUGCUUCUUUGCAGUAUGGUUUGUUGUUGGCAAUGUAUGGAUUUUUGGGGGUCAUUCUACACCCUCUGAUGCUCCCAAAUUGUACAGGUUAUGUAUAGUCUUGCUUACCUUUAGCUGCAUUGGAUAUGCCAUGCCAUUCAUCUUAUGUGCGACAAUUUGUUGCUGCUUACCUUGCAUAAUUUCUGUCCUUGGUAUCCGGGAAGAUUUUUCUCAAACCAGAGGAGCCACUGUGGAAUCUAUUAAUGCUUUGCCAACCUUCAAGUUCAACUCAAAGACAAGUGGGAACAUUAAUGAUCAGGACAAUGCAGGAGCUGGUGAAGGUGGGAUCUUAGCUGCAGGGACAGAGAAAGAGCGCAUGAUAGCGGGAGAAGAUGCAGUUUGUUGUAUUUGUCUGGUAAAGUAUGCAGACAACGAUGAGCUUAGGGAGCUAUCAUGUUUACAUGUAUUCCAUGUGCAUUGUGUUGAUAAAUGGUUAAAAAUCAAUGCAACAUGCCCUCUUUGUAAAAGCGAGGUCGGGGAGAGUAGUUGUAGCAGUUCACCAUUGGCGAGGGACUCCAGUCGGCACUGAAUGGAGAGAAAGUUGAAUGCAUAGAUUAAGGACGAUGGAAUAAGUAUGGAGCACUGUCUUUAUGAUUCUCAGCAUUUACCUACAUUGCAAGCUUGUGGUAAUUAAUUCAAAUGAAUGUCUUCAGCGGUUCAAUUUUACUCUGCAGAGUUGUACAUCAAGCACAAAUUGGCAUUAAUAUUGAAUGAUGAUGUACACUUUAAAGCCAUCUAUGAUUUGUAAUGCUAAAAUCCCUAGUGUUGAAUCA